GGUGACGAGUACCAGAGCGCCUUAAAAAGCUUUACCGUGUAUAAAUUAGUGAGAACCUCUAAGCCAAGAUGAAACGACCCUCUCAGAACCGCAAGAAGGAUAAGCAAAAAGGAAAGUCAAAUGUCAAGGAGGUCCCAGUGCCGGAGCAGGAGGAGGAAGUUGUUAACCCCACUCAAGUCAAUCGGCCCCUAUGGACAGACAUGUUGAGCCCUGCAGAUGAAAUAGUGGGGGAUAUAAUGGAUGAACUGGAAGGCCAAGUCAUUGAUGGCUGUUAUAAAUCAUUCAUUGGAAAACAGCUUGUACCAUACAGUGUGUCCUGGGUCAAGAAUUACCUCACUAAGACUGUGGAGUGCCAACUCUUGUGCCUGGACUCAGGAGAGGAACCAGAAGAAUUAGCUUCAACAGAAGACCUUGAGCCUAUGCCUGCUAUUCCAGAUUGCUGGGCCCAAGGAUGUGUGCCUACAAUCCAUAUUGAUGUUGGUUGUGACCAAGAAUCAUCACACACAGAGUCUGGUGUCCGAAGGCGAUCUAAGCUUUCUUCCUUAAAAACCGGGGCUUUAAAGCCUGAUGAAAUUGAAGAAAAGCACAAGAAGGAUGACAGUGACCUUUCAUCUAAUGUUUCUAGUACUUGUCCCCCAGCAAGCAGUGACAGAAAGAAGAUCCUUCAGGUGAAAAAGCCCCUCAAAGAUACUAGGAGUAAACUCCUAGUAUCUUUGCCACCUCUCUUUGGUUCGUCAGAGAAAAAGAAUGUGGAGGUGGAGGUAGAGGUAGAGGAUGAAGACAAAGACAGCGUUGCUUCCAAGACCACACUGGCACAUCGCCGCAAAGACCUCCACCCAAUACCAAAGCUAGAUCCUAAGCAAUUGCCUCGACAUUGCAUUUCCCCAGAGUAUGAGAUUGUCGAUAAUGACUUCUCUAAACGUAGCCCCCGAAAAUCUUGUGUAUUACCCAGACUGGAGCCAAAACUGACUAAGCAGAAAUCUAAUAGGGCAGAGACAUCGUCUAAAACCAUAUCCAAAGAACCACCAGAAAGGUUUCAGAAAAAAAAUGACGACAAAAUCCAUCUGCCUAAGCAGGACAAGGAACGGUAUAAACUCUUUGGCCCACUGAGGCUCGACACAAUGAUUUUGGCCAAAGGUGUUUCUCUCUUGGAUUCUCAAGCUGCUCAAAGUAUUCCUCCCAAAAUGAGCUAUCCUUCGCAGGCUACCAAUCUGAAGCCGAUAUCGAGUGAUGUUGCUGUGCCUAUAUAUUCGGUUGACCAGGUUGCUGCUGCCUCGACACCUCGAGUCACACCAAUAAUGCAGACCAAGAACGGUGACAGCUGAUUGAAAGAGUUAACAUGACUGUCACUGCUUAAGGAGAAAUAUGAUCUAGAUCUUAAUGGCAAGAUAAAAAGCUCAAUGUAAUGCAAGCAAAUUAUAUUUUGUCCUUUAUGAGAAAGUAGUAAUAAAAGUUUAGUUUGUUUUUAAGUCAUACAUUAAUCCAUGUAAUCAGAAUUUCCU